AUGUCUGAUCUUCGUAAUAAUUACCCACCUUUGCCCGAGUUUUGCCAGUUGAGUGAACGAGUUCACCGUGUUCUUGGACUCAAUCCCAGCGCAUUCACCCUCCAAGGCACAAACACCUACCUUGUUGGUAGUGGCAACCGUAAGAUCCUCAUUGACUGCGGCCAGGGCGAGCCUUCCUAUGUGCCUCUUUUACAAGAGUCGCUCAAGCAAAUUUCGCCUGAUGCCUAUAUCUCCGAUAUACUCUUGACACACUGUCAUUUCGAUCACUGGGGCGGACUGGGAGACAUUUAUGCCGUCGACGACAGUAUUCCCGUCCACAAAUUUCCACACAGACCUGGCUCCUUUGAAGACCUGCACUUUAUGGACGGAUUCCCUUCGUAUGUCCAGUUACACGAUCUAUAUGAUGGCCAGGUGUUUGAAAUAGACAAAGAGACAACGUUGCGAGUAGUCCAUACACCAGGUCACACAAGCGAUCAUUGCACAUUCUACCUCGAUGAAGAAGAGUCGUUGUUCACAGGCGACUGUGUCCUUGGCCACGGCACCGUCACAUUUGACUCGUUGAACGAGUACAUGGCCGGACUCAACAAAUUGCUGGAAAUAGAGCCGCAACGGCUAUACCCAGGUCACGGCGACAUUGUCGAGGACGGCGUAGCCAAGAUCAAUGAAUAUCUGGAGUUCCGCUAUCAACGCGAGCAUGAAAUCCUGCAGUUGAUUCUCUCAGACCGUUCCAAAGCGUGGACACCGCUCGAAAUAGGUACCAUCUUACGCGAGAACAAACCAGGCAAUCUUCAAGCGGCGUAUCUACGUGGCAUUGCCUUGCAUCUCAUGAAGCUCGAAGAAGAAGGCAAGAUCGAAAUGACUGAGCAGAUCGAAACCCGACCUAACACAAAGGUCAUCCAUAUGGUCGACUUACUCGAUUUGCUUAACAAAGAGUGGCGUUACGUCGAAGCCGGUCGCAGUCGCUUAUAG